UAUUAUUCAUGUUGUCGUUUGUUUACCAUUUUAUAUCCGUUCAUCAGUUGACGUAAACCGUUUAUUUUGUUUUUGUAAAUCCACCUUUAAUUGAUUCCCGUCGGUCGCGACUUUAUUAUUAUUAAUUUUUAUUUGUAUCCAAUGUGGUAUGUAGCGAUGUGUUUUGUUGCCGUAAAGGUCGUACGUGUGUUCGUCUGAGUGCAAAACCAAAAACUACAUCCCGUUAUCAUCUAUUUGGGAAUUCUACUGACUGGCAAGUAAAUUAUACCUAGAUUUUACUUUUUGAAUUUAUUUUACAAGAACCAGUUGAAUACAACAAAUAAUUAUGUUUUUAGAUAUUUAAUACGGUAUUCGUUUCCCAGUCGUCAUGUUUUAUUCACAUUUCUCGUUGUCCAAGAAAGGGCCUCUUGCCCGUAUUUGGUUAGCAGCCCAUUGGGAUAAGAAGUUGACCAAAGCCCAAGUAUUUGAAACUAAUAUUGAAACUUCUGUUGAUGGAAUAUUACAGCCAAAGGUACAAAUCAACCUAUUAUCCUAUAAUGUUAUUUAAUUUAUGAAUAUUUCAUAAAAAUUAUCGAUUGUUGGAUUUUAAUAGGUGAAAAUGGCACUUCGGACGUCUGGACAUCUUUUAUUGGGUGUGGUCCGAAUUUAUUCUCGAAAAGCUAAAUACUUGUUAGCUGAUUGUAAUGAAGCAUUUGUUAAAAUUAAAAUGGCUUUUCGGCCGGGUAUGGUUGAUUUGCCUGAAGACAAUCAUAUAGCAGCAGCCAAUGCUAUAACACUGCCAGAAGUAUUUCAUGAUUUUGAUACAGCAAUGCCUGAUCUAAAGUAAUUAUAUUUACUAUACCUAGUAAUUGUUUUUAAAAUAAACCUGUUUUUUUUUUCUAGUGAUGUUGACAUUGAAGCUCAAUUCAGUCUUAAUCAAUCUAGAGCCGAAGAAAUUACAUUACACGAAGAUUAUAAUAUGAGUUCUAUGGCAUCUAAAAACACUGGUUUCGAUCAAGGAUUUGGAUUCUCAGAGGUUGAAAAUUCUGAUAUACUUCGUCAUGGAAUUGAACAUUCUUUGCUGUUUAGUGAAGGUGUUGACCAUUUAAUGGAUCGUGAUAAGGAACCUAUAGCUUCUACCUCUACUGGAUCUGGAAUCUUAAGUCAAAAUAGUUUGGGAAUAGAUGCUCCAAUUAGAGAUGAUGGUUUUGGUGGUAAUAUUGGUCAAGUUAUCACAGACAACUUUUUUCAAGCUGGAGGUUUAUUUGAUGAUGUACCUGCUGCACCCAUGGAAGUACCAGAUGGUCAACCUCCUGUCUCUCCCCCUUUCAAUACACCUAUUCGGAAUGAUGAUGAUGAUGAUCACUUUAUGCCUCCUAGUCCGGGCAGGCAAAGUUCAGACGAUGAAGGUUCAAGGCCAGCUUCACCAGUCAAUUUACCAUUCCCUAAUGCUGGUGCAUUAGGUCUUAUACCAUCUCCAGACCGAGAUCAAACAUUGAUGCCUCCACCAGAUAUAGACAUGCAUGACAUGCAUGAUAUACACGAUAUACAAGCCUCUGAAGAACCUGAGCCAUUAAAUGAACAGAAUGCUUCUGUAGAUCAAACAACUUUAGUACAAAAUGAGGAAGAAAGUUUUGCAUUGGCUCCAGUAGACGCUAGUGCAUUAAGAGGUUUACCAAAGACAAAAAGAAAGCGUAAACUUAUUGUAGAUGAAGUAAAAAAUAUUUCGGGCGAAGAAAUGAAAGCGCAAUUAAGUGACACAACAGAUAUUGUGAUAACAUUAGAUUUAGCACCACCUACUAAAAGAUUAAUGCAUUGGAAAGAAACUGGUGGUGUAGAAAAAUUAUUCGCUCUUCCAGGAAAAACUAUACCAGCGAUACCAUUAGCUAAAGUAAAUUUACCCAAUUGUUUUGUGUUAUUUGUUUAAUUAUAAAUUUUUAAUAUAAUAUUUAUUUUUAUAUGGUUUACAUUAAAAAUAUUAUGUUGUAUUUUAGAACUACCAAAGACAUUUAACUGCAAAAACAUUGACUAAUGAAGAAUUAGAAGGCGAUGGUGUUGAAGGAGAUGAAGACAAUGCAUUACCAGCAAUAGCAGGUCCAUUACCUGCACGACGUGGCCGUAAAAGAAAAAUACCGUUAGAAGAUGAAAAUCAAGGACCUGCCAAAAAAGAUGUUUUGCCACCUAUUCCAGAAGUACCUUCUCAAGUUGUGAGUAUAUUUUGUCAACUAGUUAUAUUUAGGUUUAUAUAACCAAUUUUAUAAUUACUUAAUAGUUAUCGCCACUACCUAACCAAAUAAUUGUUUGGUAAUAAAUAACAAUUCAGUUAUUGGGACUACCACAGUAACGAGACGUUAAAGAUUUUAAGUGGUUGUUAUUAUUAAUAUCAGUUUUUCUAUCUAUAAUACAUUUUUAUUUUAUCCUGUUACCUAUUGAGGGUUAUAUUUGAUUAAAAUUGUCUAAAUGAGCGCAGCGAAAAAAAAGAAAGAAAGGUAGUUGCGAUAACCAAUAAGUACCAAUUUUACUAUUUUAAACUAAAAUGAUGUAUGUAUAAAUUCAUAGUGUAAAUUUGUGUAUUUAAAUUCAAUAAUUUCUUACUGUUAUAGUCAAUGAAUUGAAUUAGAUAAUGUAUUUCACUUUGGUUUUUAUUAGGAAAUUAUGGAAGUUGAUACUCCUGCACCUGUAUUGGUUGCACCUCCUACUCCAGCUAUUCCUGAAGAAAUUGAACAUGUUGAAAACAAUCCACAAAAUCCUGUUGAACUACAACCAAUAACAUCACCAUUAAAUAAUAGUGGACUAAUGUUACCACCCGAUGAAAUACCGCCAAUCAAGUCAAAUGAACCAAUUAAUAAUGAAAACCAGGUAUUUUCUAACUAUUUAAAAACUAUAUUUUUAUUUGAAACCUUAACAUGUUUAGAAAAAAUUAAUUUGUCGUUAAAAUUAUUUUUCAUUCUUAGUAUAGAUUUUUUGAUAAUUUAACUUUUCAAAAAUUAUUUUAAUAAUGAAUAUGUAUUCUGAUUUUUAAUUUACUUUAUAAGUAAUACAAAUAACUCAAAAUGAUUUUCAUGUAGUGUCUCAAUAUAUUAUUUGUAUAUAUAUAAAAAAAAACUAAAUAUAUUUCAUUAAUAUUUAUGUUAUGUUUCACAUAAUAUGUUUAGUCUAUAAAUCCAUUUGAUGAACUACGACCACCAACACCAGUUGAUUCAUCAGUAGUAGAUACAUCAAUAGUAAAUAAUCAGUCAUUACCAGAACCAGAAUUACAAAAUAUGGGAUACGAUAAUCAUAUAAACCAAGUGAGUAAUCUAAAUAAUGCAUAACUGAAUUUAUAUAAAAUAUAGCAUUAUAUAUAUAUUUAUAUUUUAAUGUUGCGUAGUAAUUCUACAGGUGUACUCUCAGAAUUUAAAAAUGAUUGCAGUAGUUUUUAUAAGUGUGUCUAUUAUGUAAUGCAUUCUUCUUUUUUAGUCUGCUGAUUUCAAUCAAGUCGUAAUGGACAAUAUGGGUUAUGAUGGUCAUCAUAAUGCUCCUGUCACACCAGGCUUACCAUCACCCAGAGGCGGUGCAACACCAUGGCGAGACCAAGAUUAUGAUUAUCCUGCGUCUGUUGGACCUGUAAGACAAGUUAUAUUAUUAAAUAAUGUAUGCAUUUUCUCUUGUUUACUAUUAAUAUUAUAUUUAGGUGGAAGAGCAGCAGGCUCCACAUGAAACUAAUGAACAAUAUGAAGAACGAGUAAUGAACAAAAGGGCUAAUCAGUUGUAUCAUACAAUAAAAACAAGGUUUGCUAAAAAGGAUACACUUUUGUUUGAUGAUCUCACUUAUAGAAAUCGAAGAAAAGAGGUAUAUUAUUUUAUUCACAUUAAAUAGUAAUUAAUAAACACAGUUUAAUAAUUUAAAAAAUAAAAAUAACUAUUAUAAAUAUCUUUUAUGUUAAAUAUUGAUAGAAGGGGAAGAAACAAUUAGUAAUUUAUAAUUUGAUGUUACAGGCAGCUCAGAAGUUUUAUUCUGUUCUGGUACUAAAGAAGUACAAAGUAUUGGAGCUUAUUCAACCAGCACCAUACGACCCCAUUGAGUUGGUAAAAGGUGUAUGUUUUACUGACCCUAAGCUGUAAAUAUUUUGUACAUUGUACUUGGAAAUUAUUUAAAUUGUAUUACUGUUAUCAUAGCGGUAUUUUAUUCAAAAUAUAUUUGCCGAGUACAACCCACUAUACGCUUUAUGUAAACAAAUGAAAAUAUUUUUAAAAUGUUUUUUGAUAGAAAAAUUAGGUGUAAUAUUAAUAUAUAUAUUAAAUUGAGGGAUUAUUGUUCAUAUACAUUAUUUUUGUUAGUAUUAAUUUGAUUGGUGUACAUGAGGUCAAAUUAAUAUUUAUUUUUAUUUAUUUUGUCCUCCGAUUAUUUGUUUGUUGUAAUAAUAAUUUGUAAUGUAUACUUUCACCGUUUUUAUAGUAUUAAAUAGAGUAUAAAUAAUUAUAAUCAUGGACAAAUAUUGUCACAUUUUAUCAGAGAUUAUGAUAUUAUAUUAUUGCUAUAACUUAACUCUGAUUAAGUGUUAAUCCAUGAUUUUAAUUUUAAAAUGUUAUAAUUGACUCUGCAGAUCAUCAGUCUCAGAUAUAUUUUGUUUUAAAACUUUUUUAAUGAAAUGUUUUAAGUCUAUAACACUAAACAUAUAAUAUAUAUAUAUAUACAUAAAUUAUUUAUGUUAAGUUAACCGUUUUAAAUUAAAUUAUAAUUAUUAAUAACAAAUUUUGUAAAUUUGAACAUUUGAAUAACCGAGCCAUUUUAUAUUGACAUUUAAGUUCCAAUUACAACAUGUUUCGAUUAGUUGCAAUUUUGCAAUUUGAUUUUCAAACUGAACAGUACAGAUCAUGUUCGGUUCGGUUCGUAAAUCAAACAAAUUGUAACAUCACUAGUAAAAGGAGCUAAAGUAAAUAUCAGCCUUAAUUUUAUUUUUAUUAUCUAUUCAUUAAUUUGUGAUAAUUUGACUAUUAACUAUAUGGUACAAGAGAAUGUCAUUAAUGAGGUGACAGGUUAAGCAAGUGUUCUUCUAACUUUUGAGGAUUGUAUUUAAAAUAAAAAAAAAAAAAAAAUGUAUUUAUAAAUCAAGUAUAUUUUCUUAAUGAUCAAAUUUGUGUAUCCCCGUUUAGAUUUAUAUUAUAAACUUAAUUACUUGGAACUAAUCAUUUCAUUUGUCAUAAGUUAUAAUGUUUCAAAAAUAUGUCAAACAAUGAUUUUAAAUUUAAGGCAUUAUAAGACCACUUUUUACAAGAAUUAUUUUUAUUUCAAUUCUAUUCACAUUUAAACUUAAUUAUAUAUUUUUUUCUAAGAAUUAUUUUUAAGUGUCACCUUGUAAUUUUUUUGAAAAUAACAUGAAAACUGUUACCUUUUAACUUCAUUUAAACCAUUUAUUGCAAUUUAAAAUGUUUUUUAUUUCCACUUAUUAUCGAAAAAUGUUAAAAUAAAAGAAUUUAAAAUAUCAAACAUUUGGUUUACAAAUAAUAUUAAAUUACCAGAAUGUUUGGAGGAAGAAAUUAAUCUUAUUUUUUUUUAUGGCUUGAUGGGGAAUAGACUUGAGUUUAUUUGGUUGAUAGUGACAUUCAGUUAUUUUAUUAUAGUUUUAAUUUGUAAUUAUUAGUUAAAGAAGAUACUUAAUCUAGGUAGGUACAUGAAUUAUGUUAUAUUAAAGUUGUUUUAUUUUUUUAAAUCCAACACUGUUCUUCAUUCGCACCUAACAGUAGUGAACGCAGGGGAGGACUUU